AUGUAUUUAACAUGGUCAUCAUUUAAUAAUCUAAGAUUGUUCCUCAUGGCUUGUAUGCCUAUAGUAAUAUUUUACCUAAUUUGGCUUGUCAAUACUUCAGAAAGUAUAAGAAGCGAAGAAGGUACUUUAUUAGACCUUAUUUGUUGGCCAGAUGGUAAUGCCAUUCCAGUUAUCAUAGGAUGUGGAUCUAUAAUGGCUGUCGUUAUAGAGUUGUACGGCUUAUAUCAGCUGUUCAAAGCUGGACUAUCGAAAAAAGAAUACAAUGUCGUAAACGGAUUGUUUUAUUAUGUUUGGGCGCUUAUUAUCAUGGUUAUUUUAUUUCUUGCUAUCAUUUUUUACUCUGGUCUACAAUCAACCAUAAUCAGAGCUAAAAUCAAGGGAGGGAUAACGAAGGCAAUGUUUAGGUAUUCAAGUCAUCUACCUUCCAAAGUCGCCAUUGAUCGACUACAAACUCGCUUCCAUUGCUGCGGCCGUGUAAACUAUCAGGAAUGGUUUUACAUCCCUUGGUUUAUGAAUGAAGAAAAUACGGAACGAAAUAAAAUCAUUAAUCAUAAAUUUAUUGCGGAUAACGUACCGUAUAGUUGUUGUUCGACGGAUGAAUUGUAUCCUUGUAUUCAUCAUGGGGUGAUGCAAGAGGGUACCAUUUAUAAAUAUAAUCCCAAGAAACAAUUAACUAUAUGGCAAGCUGGUUGUGAAGAAAAAUUAAUUAGCGAAAUGAUGUCAGUGUCCUGGAGAUUCAACGCCGUAAUGUCACUUAUAAUUAUGGCAAUGAUUUUACAAGUGAUAGCGGUUCGUUAUCUUCACACCGCGUACAGAAACGGAUUGCAUGUCGGUAACAAAAUCACGUGCCAAGCUUACUUGCUCCGUUCGACCACUGACACUGAGCUGCCUAAGUUACCGGUCAAAAGAAAGUUGUUCCGUAAGAGGAAGCCUCGGCAAGCGCGUACUUUGCAGUGGAUCACGUCGUAUAGCACUACGAGAAAACUGAUACAGUCGUCAAAAUCUGAGAACAGCUCCGAUGAAAUGCUGAAGCCUAUAUGUGAAUAA